AUGAAGUAUCCACCCACUCCUCAGAGUAAAUCUCUAUUAGAUAUGGAAGUGGCCAACUACUGUGACUGUCUGGAUCCUUCAUACAGCACACUGGGCUUUGACAAUGCUGAGGUACUUUAUGGAGGUGGAGAGACCAUGCCAACCGAGUCAAGCCUACCCGGUCCGGAGGGGGCCAACAGCAACUGUGCCAUCUGUGGAGACAAAGCCACGGGGAAACACUACGGCGCUUCCAGCUGUGACGGCUGUAAAGGCUUCUUCCGGCGUUCCAUACGGAAAAACCACGUCUAUACUUGCAGGUUCAGCAGACAGUGCGUCGUUGAUAAAGAUAAGAGGAACCAGUGUCGUUUCUGCAGACUCAACAAAUGCUUCAGAGCUGGCAUGAAGAAAGAAGCCGUGCAGAACGAACGAGAUCGAAUCAGCUCCAGACGAAGUAUCCCCGACUCCCAAGAUGUGCCACCGAUCACUGUUCUGGCCCAGGCUGAAUCUCUGUCCCAACAGAUUAGCAUUCCCGUUGGAAUAGCAGACAUGACAGAGCAGAAAUCGGCCACUGUUGGGGAUGUGUGUGAUUCUAUGAGACAGCAAUUACUGGUGCUGGUGGAAUGGGCAAAAUACAUCCCUUCGUUUGGAGAGCUACCAUUGGAUGACCAGGUGAGCUUGCUCAGGGCUCAUGCAGGAGAGCACCUCCUGCUAGGAGUGGCCAAAAGGUCAAUGCCGUUCAAGGACUUCCUGCUUUUAGGGAAUGGCUGCGUGAUUCACAGAAACAGUCCAGAAGCUGAGAUCUGCAGGGUGGCCAACCGAGUUCUGGACGAGCUGGUGCAGCCUUUCCAGGAUAUUCAAAUUGAUGACACCGAGUACGCGGCGCUCAAGGCCAUCGUCUUCUUUGACCCUGAUGCAAAGUCCUUGCGGGAUCCGUCAAAGAUCAAAGCCACGCGUCUGCAGGUCCAGAUGAGCCUGGAAGACUACAUUAACGACCGCCAGUACGACUCGCGGGGUCGUUUCGGGGAGUUGUUACUUCUUCUGCCCACCUUGCAGAGCAUCACCUGGCAAAUGAUCGAGCAGCUCCAGUUCAUCAAGCUGUGCGGUUUGGCCAAGAUAGACAACCUGCUGCACGAGAUGCUGCUGGGAGGCUUGACCUCCGAGGCCCCGCAUUUCCACCACCCGGCACACACCCAGCUGACCCAGGACCCGGUGACUGGACACACGCUGCUCAUCAGCACCAUGCCCAUAACACACACUCCACAGAUAGCUUCUCCAGACACUCCCAUCCCAUCGCCUCCGCAGGGUCAAGCACCGGACAUGUUCAAACACUUUCCCCAGCCCAGUCCUUCGCCUUCCGCACAGGCGGACCACUGACGCAGGAUCAGGUCUCAUCAUAGUCUCAAUCAUAAUAUAAGACAAAUGCAUGGAGCAUAUUUUUAAGGUUACCGGUUGUUAGGAAACAUAU